AUGCCAUCCUAUCAAUCGCCUGUCUUUCCGACAGAUAGCACGACCAACCUCUCAAUUGCACAGUUCAUGACGCAAUAUAACCCGGACGAAGUUCCGACAGAUAAGGUUAUUCACGUGGACACAAUCUCGACACAGCCUAUCACAUAUGGCUCGCUUCGCGGUGAUGCUGCUCGUGCGGCCUGGGGUUUGCGUAAUUGGGGACUCCAGCCAGGCAACGUCUUGAUGGCCUUGGUUAGCAACUCAAAUGAUUUUGUGAUUCUAGCUCAUGCGACGUGGUGGGCGGGUGCCGUUUUUGCACCGGUUAAUGUAUCAGCAACGCAAAAGGAUAUCUCGCACUUGCUUCAAAUCGUCAAGCCGACUCACAUUGCCACCAUCGUGCCGAAGCUCGAAGAUGUACAAGCUGCAUUGGCUUCGAAUUCGACGAAAGAGAUAAAGAUUGCGACUGUUCUCAGUAAGGUAGAGAAUCUACCGCAGUUCCCAAAUGACAUUAUCGGCACAAAAGCCGGAGAGACUCUCCCACCUUUCGAUCUCCAAGGCAAAAGUUCACAAGAUGUGCCUAGCACUAUAUGCUUUUCGUCCGGAACAACUGGAAAAAUGAAGGGCGUGCAGCUUUCACAUUACAACAUCAUCAUGAAUGCUAUAAUAUUGCGGAUCGCGAUGCCCGCCCGAGUCAAUUCUACCGUUCGCGAAGUAUUCUUUGCUCCCUAUUGCCAUAUAUAUGGCCUGACUGUAUCGGUGGUAGCCGGUAUGUGGGUUGGGGCACUCUAUUGCGGUCUUCCCGCAUUUGACCUCGAAACAUUUUGCAAAAAGUCGAGCGAGCUCAAGGUCACAGACCUACAUAUUGUCCCCCCUGUGGCCCUCGCCUUGGCCGCAUCACCUGUUGCUCAGAAAUAUGACUUGGCUUCGUUGAAAAGAAUUGUCAUCUCCGCUGCCCCCUUGAAAAAAUCCGUGCAACUUUUACUCAAAAAGCGGCUUCCACACACGAGUAUCUGCCAAGGCUAUGGACUCUCCGAGGCGACAGGUGGCAUUCUACAUCAGAUAGAAGAAGAGGAGCAUGCUUUUGGAUGUGUUGGCAAGGUCCUUCCUGGAAUAGAAGCGAAAUUAGUAGACCCCAAGACAGGGUCGGAUGUCCCUUCCGGGGAAGAGGGUGAACUUUGGGUUCGCGGACCGACGGUAAUGAUGUACUAUGUUGCCGACAAAGCAGCGACAGAACAGACGUUCUCGGACGGAUGGCUCAGAACCGGGGAUAUCUUGAGAGUGGACGAGAAUCAGAAUUUCUGGGUUACUGAUCGGCUCAAAGAGAUGAUUAAAUAUAAGGGUUUCCAAGUCGCCCCAUCCGAGCUCGAAGAUAUACUCCUGCGACAUCCAGACGUAACCGACGCAGCAGUCUGUGCCGUCUACGACGAUUCUCAAGCCACUGAAGUUCCUUUAGCCUACGUGAGCCUCCCUCCUGACAAGGCAGGGCUUGCGGCUAGUGAGAAGCAAAAAGUCCUCGACGCUAUCAGAGUCUGGGUAGAUGAUCAGCUGGCGGGUUAUAAAAAGCUGAGAGGUGGCGUGUUUCACUUGCAGUCUUUGCCGAAGACGCCUACUGGGAAGAUUUUGAGACGACUCUUGCCUGCGAAAUUGAAGGAGGAGAGGGGAGCGAAUCUUUAG